AUAAAUCAAAAUAUAUGAAAGGAAACAAAAAAUGCAGAUUAAGAUAAUGUUUAUGCUUUCAAAAGUCCAAGUCGAGAUCAAAACUCAUUUUUUUUACAAACUCUUUUUAUAAGAAAUGCUCUCGAGAAGUAGACAGUUAUGGCAUAUGAGACAAAACAUGCUUUUUGGCGCCAAGUCUGCAGAAGAAGCGCGUGUCCCUUGGCGUGUCCGUUGUUUUUCAACUUCACGCGGUCCAGCGGAAUUGGUGCUCGAUAUUUUUAUUUAUUGUUUGCUAAUUUAAGGAAAGUGUUAUUGAAUUUGUGAGAAAUGCCACUGGCUGAUGAGAUAAAUGAAGAGUUUGGAAACUUCUGCAUCAACCUCACGAAAGAUACACUGUCAAAAUGUGUAUCAUUGUGCUCAGAGUAUCACUUAACUGCCGAAGACCUGGUCUAUGGAUGGGUGGCCUACUCAUCAGAGAACAAGAGGCCUCCAGUGACAGAAUCCAACCUCGAAUUGAUGGUCAGGGCGAAACUCAGUGGAAAACGGCCAUCUGAGUCGUCAUCAACAAACAACUCGAGGAUCAAGAUCUACACCAAAGACACCAUUGAUCAAGCACCCCGGAGUGACCUGUCAGCCGGAUCCUCACCUCUCACCGGACAGACGGGGAAGCGGCCCCUGUCUGGAAGCCAGGCCACGCCGAAGCGAGCGGCGGGCACCGGUCCUUCCAGGUCUGCCCUCUUCAGUCCGACCAGCUACUCACCGAGCGGCACGGCACCGUCUGAGCGAUAUGAGUCCCGCACCGGCCGCGGUGACGUCAUCAGCAGCUGGGGGCCCGAGCUGCAGAGCUGGACCGCCGCCGACACGGCUGUCGGUGACGUCACGCGUCUGGGUGACGUCACACUGGACAAACCGUACCGGUACAUGUUCGAGCGUCUGCGGGAGCGGACUGACGUACUGAACGCACACAUCCUGCGGCUGGGGGAGCUGCUGCAGAAGCGCUACAAGUUGGAGGAGCUGGUCCAGCCGCACGCCAUAUCACAGGAGCCGGUGUAUGCUGUUGGCCGUAUCGCCUGCGAUGGACACGGUCGGCUCAACUCUAAGUCGAUCCUGCUGGAGGGCGGCAAGGGGGACUAUGGAGAGGGUCGGCACGUGGAGCUGGACGUGUCCCAGCUACAGAACGCCGGACUGUUCACCGGCCAGGUGGUGGCCGUGUCGGGAGUCAACCCUACGGGCCGAAAGUUUGUCGCCUCGGGAAUCUACACUGCGGUACCCCCGCCUACUCCUGAGCCAGUCAAACCCAAACACGAGCUGACGUUGGUGACCGCCUGCGGGCCGUUCACCACCUCUGAGGACCUGCUGUACAACCCGCUGCGGGACCUGCUGGAGCAGGUGACGCGCCUCAAACCCCACCUGGUGCUCCUCGUCGGGCCCUUCAUCGACACCAAGAUAAUCGAGAACGAGCUGGCCGAGACCUACCACGAACUGUGGAACCGCCUUCUGGAGCUGAUCAGGGUGGCGGUGAAGGGGUCACACACGCGCGUGCUGCUGAUGCCGUCCACCUCGGACCUGCACGCGGAGCCCGUGUUGCCGACGCCGCCGUUCGCCGCCGCCGCCGGGCCGUUCACCAUGCUGCCGAACCCGUGCUGCUUCUCAGUCGACGGACUGGUGGUGGGCGCCACGUCCACCGAUGUGCUGAUGCACCUCAGCCAGCAGGACAUCAAACUGCCGGGCGGCGGCCCGUCCGACCGUCUGGCCCGUCUGGCCGGCUAUCUGAUCGACCAGCAGUCGUUCUACCCGCUCUACCCGGCCGAGGAGAGCGUCGGACUCGACUUCCAGCACUGGCAGCGCCACUGCCAGCUGCCCGUGCUGCCGCACGUGCUCGUCACACCCUCCGACUUCAAGGGUUUCGUCAAGGAGGUGUCUGGGUGCCUGGUGGUGAACCCCUCCCGGCUGUCGCGGGGCCAAGUGGGCGGCUCCUACGCCCGUCUCCGGAUGCCGCCCUCGGAGCGCGACCUGGCCCCGGAGGUGUUCUCUGCCCAGGUGCUGAAGAUUUGAGCUGCUCAACAGCGGCGAGGUGGUAGUGUGCGCGAACGUGGCGAUCCACCAGCCCGGUGUCUCUUGGAGACUGUGAAGCUACCACUGCGUGAGCGUGAUCGCCGAAUGUGGCUUGCUAGAAUGCAAGCCCUUCUACAAUUGUCUGUUUUUUACUUCUGUUGGUCGUGUUCGCCUCAUGAUGCAAAUACAGUUAUGUGUCUGUA